AUGAAAACCUUCAUCUUAAUGUCCUGCCUGGCGCUGGCCGCGGCGCGCCCUGAAGCCGGCUACAACUAUAAUCGUCCCGGUGGCGGCGGUGGCUCCCACGGUGGCAGCGGCGGCGGCGGUGGCGGCAUUGGCAUCAGUGGCGGAUUUGGUGGCGGCUCCGGUGGUGGUUUCGGAGGCAGCUCAGGUGGCGGCAGCUUCGGUGGCGGAUCAGGAGGCAGCUUCGGUGGUGGCUCAGGAGGCGGCUUCGGCGGUGGUUUCGGCGGUGGCUCAGGAGGCGGCUUUGGCGGCGGCUCAGGUGGUGGAUUCGGCGGCGGAUCCGGCGGUGGUUUCGGCGGAGGCAUCGGUGGUGGUUUCGGAGGCGGUGGUGGCGGCGGCGGCACCACUUUGGUGCAAAAGCACAUUUAUGUGCAUGUGCCACCACCAGAGCAAGAGGAAGUGCGUCAGCGCCCCAAUCUGCCAGUGGGCCAGGCCCAGAAGCACUACAAGAUCAUCUUCAUUAAGGCGCCAUCUCCACCCUCGUACCAGGCUCCAGUCAUCCCGCUGCAGCCCCAGAACGAAGAGAAGACCCUGGUCUAUGUGCUGGUCAAGAAGCCCGAGGAUCAACAGGAUAUUGUCAUUCCCACGCCCGCUCCCACGCAGCCCUCCAAGCCCGAGGUCUACUUCAUCAAAUACAAGACUCAAAAGGAAAGCGGCGGCAUCUCCGGCGGCACCGGUGGCUUCACUCAGACCAACACUGGCAGCGGCUACACAACUGGCGGCGGCGAUGGGGGUUUUAUUGGUGGUGAUAGCGGUAGUAUCUCCGCGCCAUCCAGCAACUACGGCCCACCCGGCAAGUCUGGCCCAUACUAA